GAGAUGUACAGAGCUCACACAGACAUGGAAGUGUUCAAGGGAACACUACUACUACUACUACUACUACUACUACUACUGCACCUCCACAGCACAGAUGGAGUGAGGUGCUUUUCACAGUUUGUCGUGUCCACCCUGAGCUGUGAAGGGGACAUUGGGCAGGUGGACAAGGACGACUGCUGCUUCAACCCCAAGUACGGCUACGAGACGGAGGACGGGCAGUGCCAGUCCUGCGGGCCCCCGAGCUGGUCCAGCUGGUCUGAAUGGUCCCAGUGCACUACUCUGUGUGGGGCGGGGGUGAGGCUCAGGAGGCGGAGCUGCUACGGCAUCGGCCAAUCAGACUGCGAGAAGACCGGACACAAGCAGGAGGCCGAGCGGUGCGACGGCACCUGCUGCGACGGGGAGGGGUGGAGCCUGUGGUCCUCUUGGUCUGCGUGUUCAGUGACCUGUGGAAAAGGCGGAGUCAAGAGCAGAAACAGGAAGUGCACUGAUCGCAGCGAGUGUAAGCUAGCAUGUAGCGGAGCAGCGGAGGACACGCAAGACUGUGUCCUCCCAACGUGUCCAGUCCAUGGGGGAUGGUCAGCGUGGUCAGAGUGGUUCGAGUGUUCAGGUUCGUGUAUCAGUCUCCACGGAGCCACUCCGAUUCGAGAGCGGCUCCGCUCUUGCUCCAGUCCUCCUCCCUCAGUGCUGCCCCCUGGUGACGACUGCCCUGGAGACAGUUUGCAGACACAGCAGUGCACCGAGCUGCCUCACUGUGCAGUGGACGGAGGCUGGGGCCCCUGGUCGGACCCCGGGCCCUGCUCCGUGUCGUGUGGGGAGGGCCUCCAGCUCAGCCACAGAUCAUGUGACCAGCCCCGCCCUGAGUACGGAGGACGCCAUUGCAGCGGACCGAGCACCAAGAGCUCAGUGUGCGACAGCCCCUGUCCAGUGCCUAACUUCUGGACGGACUGGUCCCACUGGUCGGAGUGCUCUGGGACGUGUCUUCCUGACGGGGGGACGGCUCCACACAGGACCAGGCGUCGCGUCUGCGUCUCCCCCAGCGGCAGUGGGACGUGUGAGGGGUCCAACCACGAGAGAGGCCCCUGUCCCGGGCUCAGCUACUGCCAGGUGCACGGCUCCUGGGGGCCCUGGUCCUCUUUAUCGCCCUGCCCGGUCACCUGUGGGGUGGGGCUCCAGGUGUCAAGGCGUUUCUGCGACAGCCCCGCCCCUAAACAUGGAGGUCAGGGCUGCGACGGAGACAGCACCAUGAGCCAGGUGUGCAACACCCAGCAGCACUGUCCAGUGAACGGCGUGUGGUCGGAGUGGUCGUCCUGGGGCCCCUGUCUGGAGGUGUUUGACCCCUCCUACUCCAUCAGAUGUGAGCCCAUAGGGGGCAGCCAGAGCCGAGAGCGCCGCUGCCUCCACAGGGCACUAGGGGGCGCUCCCUGUCCACUACAGCCGCUGUCCGAGUUGCGGGUGUGCUAUGACGUCCAGGGUUGCUACGUGAAGGGUCAGUGGAGCGGCUGGGAGCCCUGGAGCCAGUGCAUACCCCCCUGUGGAGACAAAUCCAUACGCUCACGCAAAAUGAGGUGCCAACCGAACUACGAGAACUACAGUCCCACCAUUGGCCUGAGGGAGGAUAAGGCGACGUUUUUCGGGGAGCCUAGAGCGGACUGUGGACGCCCCGCCACUAAGGAGGAGGAGAACUGUGUGAAUGCCCCGCCCUGUCAGUGACAUCAUCACCCACACUGAUGCAUUGUGGGAUUUAGAGUCAUAUUAACCACUUUCAACAAACAUGUCACUGAUGCUUUGUAAUUAAGAUGAUUAAAGCCCCACUGCGUAACAUUUCAGCAAGAACAAAUAAAAGGUUUGUUUUGUUCCUG